CUACUCUUCUGUCCACUAUUUAAAGAACACGCUUUCUUGUUCAAAGUCAGUGUGGAGCUGAAGCCUCAUCAGGAAAGAGCAAUUCCAGAAAGAGGACCCAGUACACACGUUUUAAUCAACAUCUCGACGUACAUAACAAAAAACUAGCUAUGAGGGCAUUGGUAUUCAUUUCCCUCUUGUUGGCAACCGUAUUGGCUGCACCCCAAUACGGACAACCUCCAGCAGCCGGAGAAACUGUUUCCAUUACCAAGGAUCAGUGGUCUUCACUUAACCCCUACGGAACAGGAGCAACUUAUGACAUUCAGAAGCAAUGGGAAAAUUUCUAUGAAUACCUUCCUUGGCUGAAGGGACCUCCUGGACCACCAGGGCCACCAGGUGCACCUGGGUCUUCUGGAUCUUCUGGAUCUUCCGGUGGUGGCUACGGAGCUAGUUCUUCUUACACACAACCUCAAGUCAUUCCUGGCCCACCAGGUCCUCCGGGACCUCCAGGGCCUGCUGGAUACAAGGGAGAUGCUGGUCUUCCAGGAACUCCGGGCUAUCCUGGCGGACCUGGGCCACAAGGACCCCCAGGAAAACCAGGAACACCAGGCUACCCUGGAGAAAAGGGAGCACCAGGCUACAACGGCGCCCCCGGAGCUCCUGGUAAACCAGGCUAUAACGGAGAGAAGGGAACACCUGGCUACAAUGGUGCACCUGGUCUUCCUGGUGGGCCAGGCCUGCCUGGUAAAGAUGGUUAUUCUGGUGCUCCAGGACCUGCUGGCCCUAAAGGUGAAGCCGGUCCACCAGGAUACACCAUCCCAUCCAAGAUUCCUGGUCCUCCUGGAACACCUGGAUACCCUGGCAAAGAUGGAGCUCCAGGUUAUCCUGGUGGUCCUGGCCCUGUUGGCCCUGUUGGCCCUGCUGGACUACAAGGACCUCCUGGUAAACCUGGUACAAAUGGCUAUCCUGGUGGACCUGGACCUAAAGGGGACGCUGGAACACCUGGCUACGCUGGAGCACCUGGUAAGGACGGAUAUCCUGGUGCACCUAGCAAGAUCCCUGGCCCUCCUGGAUCCCAAGGACCUGCUGGACCUCCUGGUUACAAUGGCGCCCCAGGAAAAGAUGGUCUUCCAGGCGGAACUGGUUAUCCAGGCAAAGACGGACUUCCCGGCGCUUCUGGAUACACAGGAGCCCCCGGUCUACCCGGAAAACCAGGCAAAGAUGGAUAUGCUGGCCCAGCAGGAACUCCUGGUUAUCCCGGUGGCCCAGGCCCUGUUGGACCUCAGGGUAAACCCGGAGCUCCUGGAUACCCUGGUGGCCCAGGACCUGUUGGACCCGUAGGUCUACUUGGCCCAGUUGGACCUCAAGGCAAACCUGGAAGCCCUGGCUACCCUGGUGGUCCAGGACCAGUUGGCCCUCUUGGCCCUGUUGGCCCUCAAGGUAAGCCAGGUUCUCCCGGUUACCCAGGACCCGCUGGCCCGACUGGCCCGGCUGGCCCGGCUGGUUCCCCCGGACAGUCCUAUGAAGCACCAGCCUAUCAGCCUCCUGCUUACACGCCAACAGUAUCUCAACAGACAUAUGAUCCCCCAGCACCAAGUUAUGGUUAAAUGUCCUACCUCGUUUUUUCCUAGAUACAGUGUUAAAAAAUGUUAUCUUUAAAUACGAUGCUUGGAUUUAUAACUUUAAUUCAAUGACGACAUGUGCAUUUACCUUAUAUAUCAUGAUAUGUUGGUGUCACGUUUUCUCCAUUUGUAAAUAAACCAAACCGCAAAAAGGAA